GCACUUUCCUCGGGGAAUGUAUAGGUCCGAAAAUCGUCAAUCAUCGUUAGUCAUCGGUUGCUAUCGCCGCGCGAGAAUAUAUAAAGGGGAUACACACGUGUCUGCCUCAUUAGUGCAUAACAUAUGUGGCCAUCGUGUGAAGUCGGUCGGUGUGAAGUUAAAUACCCUUUUUGACAUUAUUCGAAAAUUCUAAUAACGUCUGCGAAACCUACGUACGUUAUUUAUGGGAUAUCUUCGACAAUUUAUAUUUAGCAAGAAGGAGGAAGAUCACGCAAUAUCUACUUCUCGUGAGGUCUUCGUAAGCUUUUCAAUUUAGCUGAGUCAAGAAGUCUGAUAAAAAGAGUUAUAACACAAUCGGAAUGGAGUUUCCAAAUUUGGGAGAGCAUUGCUCUGAGAACACUUGUAAUCGCUUGGAUUUCUUACCUUUAAAAUGCGAUGCUUGUGAAGGAAUUUUUUGCACGGAUCAUAUAACAUAUAUAAGUCACAACUGUCCUAGUGCACAUAAAAAGGAUGUACAGGUGCCAGUGUGUCCAUUAUGCAAUGUUCCUAUACCAGUAAAACGUGGCGAUCCACCUGAUCUGACCGUGGGAUUGCACAUAGAUAACGAUUGUAGAGAAAAUCGUAGGAAAAUUUUCUCCAACAAGUGUUCCUCCAAGGGAUGCAAGGUCAAGGAAAUGGUACCAGUGAAGUGCAGUGAAUGCAGUGCUAAUUUCUGCUUAAAGCACAGGCAUCCCACUGAUCAUGCUUGCAUCGGAGCAGAAGAAGCAUUGAGAUUACGUAGACUGGAAGCACUUAACAAAAAAGCCCAGACGACAAUAUCGCAGAAUAACAGUAACAGUAAUUCACAUUCGUUCCGAAGCCUUCAAGGAACAAUGAGUGAAGAUGAAGCAUUAGCCAGAGCUCUCCAAGCUUCUUUAGAGGAUGAAGAGAGAAGUAGACGGGUAUUACAACCAGUGCCUUCUGGAAAUCGAGACAGGUGUAGACUGUCAUAACUAUCUAAACAUUAUUUUAUACUAUUAUAGAUAAAAAUCUUCCUCAUUUCCUGAAAAUCUAUCAACGUAAAAAUAUAUUAGAAUUCAUUUUUAAAGAAUGCACACAGACUUGAAAACAUAUGCAGCAAAAGUUUUAAACUUACACAAUUAUAUUUUUGUUAUAUUUUUCUUUGUGUUAUUAUAUUGCUAUUAUAGUUAUAAAAAUGCUGUUAUAUAAUAUGUACAUAAAUUGCAACAUAUUUAUAAAAUUGCUCACUUAUGCACAUAAUAUCGUAAGAAAUUUCAAUGAUAAGAUCACUUCACGUAACAUCCAAUAUAUUAUAUUUUAAAAUAUUUAAACUGUACUCAUUUUAUUAUACCAUUUAAAGAA